CCAAACUGCCAAUAUUCUCUCUGCCAAACAAAAAAAAAGGAAAAAAAACCACCGCUUUUCGCAGUGCGCUUCUUCUCUCUCCCUCUCUGCUCUGCUCUUCCUGAGCUCCGCGGCAAGGAAGCUUCUGGAAGGUUCUGCGGGAUGACGACGAGCAGCUGGGGUGGUGGUGGUGGUGGUGGCGGUGGCGCCGUGCGGCUGUGGUGCUGCGGCCUCCUCCUGAUGCUCCUUUCAGGCGGAGGCGGGGGCGGAGGCGCCGCCGCGCAGAGGCCCCCGGCCUACAAGACCCUCUCCGGUAACGCGCCCAUCGUCAUAGCUGAAGGUGGCUUUUCAGGAGUGUUUCCUGAUUCCAGCAAAAAUGCCUACGUUUUUGCCUUGUCUUCUACCUCGGGUGACACCGUUUUGUGGUGCAAUGUGCAACUAACCAAGGAUGGUGUCGGAAUUUGCCUCCGGGAUUUACUUAUGGACAACUGCACCAGUAUAAGCCAAGCUUACCGAGCGGGAAAGAAGGCAUACCUUGUCAACGGCGAAGAAAAAAAAGGAUGGUUUCCUAUUGACUAUACCAUGUCUUCGCUGCAAAGUGUUAUCUUAACACAGGCAAUUUGGUCUCGCACCGACAAGUUUGAUUUUGCAUUCCUUCCCAUUCUUCCUGUUACCAAUGUGAUAGAUUUGGCCAAGCCAUCUUCUGUUUGGCUGAAUAUUGAGCACGAUAUUUUCUACAGACAGCAUGGUUUGAAUAUGACAAAAUACAUCCUUUCAAUUCCGAAGGGUGGUUCUGUGCAGUAUAUCUCAUCACCUGAAUUGGGUUUUCUCCAAAGUAUAUCAGGAAGAGUUAAUCGCAAAACGAAGCUAGUGUUUCGUUUUCUUGAUGCAACCAGUUCUGAUCCUUCUUCAAACCAAACAUAUGGUUCUCUGUUGAGUAAUUUGACAUUUAUUAAGACUGUUGCCUCUGGUAUAAUGGUUCCCAAGGAGUACAUUUGGCCAGUGACAACUAAUAACUAUAUUCAGCCUGCCAAAUCAAUUGUCAGAGAUGCCCACAGUGCAGGUUUAGAAAUAUAUGCUUCUGACUUUGCAAAUGAUAGAAUUAUUCCGUAUAAUUACAGCUAUGAUCCGUUGGAAGAAUAUUUGCAUUUUGUUGGUAGUGAUAACUUCUCUGUUGAUGGAGUAUUAUCUGAGUUCCCACUCACUGCAGCAGCGGCUAUUGGUUGUUUCACUAAUUUGAAUGUAAGCAGUAAGACAGAUCAUGGGAGCCCAUUAAUUAUCUCGCACAAUGGUGCUAGUGGAGACUACCCAGACUGUACGGAUUUGGCUUAUCAGAAAGCGGUUGAUGAUGGCGCCGAUGUCAUUGAUUGUUCCAUUCAGAUGACCAGUGAUGGAGUUCCUGUAUGCAUGAGUUCAAUUAAUCUGUUUGAGACCACGAAUGUUCAGAGAACCCCUUUCAGCAAUCGUGCUUCUAUCUUUAAAGAUAUUCAGCCUACUCCAGGAAUCUUCACAUUCAAUCUCACUUGGGCUGAUAUUAGCAGUAGCGAUUUGAGACCCAAGAUAUCUUCCCCAGAGAGUAUAUAUUAUCUUGUAAGGAACCCAGUGCACAAAAAUGCGGGAAAUUUCUUCAGGUUAUCUGACUUUCUAACAUUUGCUAAGGAUAAAGAUUUGUCUGGCAUCAUGAUCAUCAUAAAGAAUGCUGUAUUUAUGGCAAAUUCAUUAGGAUUUGAUGUUGUUGAUUCUGUAACCAAAGCCUUAAGUGAUGCUGGCUAUAAUAAUCAAACUACCAAAGCCAAGGAGGUUAUGAUCCAGUCAGAAGAUAGUGCUGUUCUUGUCAACCUGAAGCAGCUGGAAACCAAAUACAAGCUUGUCUACACUCUCCCAUCAACUAUCGGGGAUGCUUCUGCUUCCUCACUGGUAGAUGUGAAGAAAUUUGCUGAUGCUGUCAUUGUUGACAGGGAAUCUAUUUUCCCCGAGAGCCAGGGCUUUAUCAUGAAGGAAACAAAUCUUGUGAAAGAUCUCCGUUCUGCUGGGCUAGCUAUCUAUGCACAGGUGUUCCGGAAUGAGUUUGUAUCACCACCUUGGGAUUUCUUUUCAGAUGUAACAGUGGAAAUCAAUAGCUAUGUCCAGUCAGUUAAUAUUGAUGGCAUCAUAACUGAUUUUCCGAAAACAGUCAGAAGAUACAAAAUAAUUUAUCCUGGCCAUAUUAUGGUGUCACUCACUGUUGCUGCUUGCACGCAUGCUGUCCUGUUGGCAGUGAACUCCUGUACCGGUCUGGGAGUUAACAUGCCUUCAUACAUGAAUCCUGCGGAAAUUGGCGGCCUAGCGCAGCUACUCAACGGCAGCCAAGCCCAGCCACCAGCUCUGGCACCAAUGCCGGUACUGAACUCAUCAGACGUCACUGAACCGCCGUUCCCUUCUGCCGCGCCGAAGAAUGCACCUGGCGGCGCUGCCAAUGGGAGCACCCCUGCACCCGGUGCGUCGCCGUCAGGCUCUCAGGCCGCUGCUGUCAUGAGAGCCGGCAUUCUACCGAUGGUGACGGCGCUCUUCGCGUCUCUGCUCAUCUGAGCUGACAUCCUCAGUUGAAGCUGUGUAAUUGGUUGUUCAGAGUUCAGUUAUCACACUUUCCAUUGGAUUGGGAAAGCUAUUUAUUGUCUGUCAAUGCUGUGCUGCUAGGAAUCCAGUAGCUGUUUUGGUAGGGAAACAUCUGAAUAUCCGUUUCUUCCUGCUGUAUAAAUCUGUUUAUAGGACAAAGGCUACAAAUAUAUUCUAGCAAGCACUGAACUACUGAAUGAAUGAAGCCGUAAGUGUAACUAGUAGUGUACAUUGCUGACUGAGCUGGAAGCUUCAGUGUAAUGUUGUAAUUAAUCUCAUCUCCUGUCUGAAGAGAUGCAUUUUGUAUGUGUUCAGAGGUGCAGGAUUUCCUUUGAACUUACUAGACGUGGCCCUAAUUUUGUUUUAACUGAAUAAAUGUGGGUGAAAUCUGUAGCAUGAGAUCA